CUUCCCUCCUCGCGGAGCUCCGUGCAGCGCCCCCUGGCGGUGCUGCUGCUGCCGCUGCUCUCUCUGCGCGCUGUGGCCAAACGUCUGCGCUGCACAGCCAUGGAUGUAAUCUAGCUAGCUAGUGACAAAGAUGCUGCAAAGUUUCUCCUGUUCAUUCUGCCAGAUCCAUUGAAAAGACACGAAUGCUUGCUAUGACAUCGGAAGCAGCUGUUUGAUGAGAUGGUCGCCUAAUCGUGUUUUGGUGUUCUCCGUGUGCUCAGAGCUCAGCUGGAUGCAGUAGAAGUCUCAGCCAUGUACUCGGAAUGGAGGUCUUUGCACCUGGUGGUGCAGAGCGAUCAGGGUCACGUCAGCGUUCUGCACUCGUACCCGGCCGCUGUGGGCCGUGACGUUGCCAAUGCCGUGGUGCGCCCACUGGGUGCCACCCUGGGAGCUCCUGCCUCCGAGUGCCUCCUCAAGACAGAUAAAGAGGUGAAAUGGACUAUGGAGGUAAUAUGUUACGGUCUGACUCUUCCGUCGGAUGGAGAUACAGUCAAGCUGUGUGUGGAUGUCUACACGGACUGGAUCAUGGCACUGGUGUCACCACGAGACUCCAUACCCCAACCCAUCAUUAAAGAGCCCAACCUUUACGUCCAAACUAUCCUCAAACAUCUUUACAACCUCUUCCUGCCGAGGCCUGAGCACUUCAGCCCUAUGCACUUCAAGCUGUGUCAACAGGUGCUGUCUGCGGUGCAGAAACUCGCCCGUGACUCCUCCUGUAUGGCCAGAGAGACGUGGGAGGUGCUGCUUCUCUUCCUGCUCCGUAUCAAUGACACGCUGCUCGCCCCGCCCACCGUGGGAGGUGGUAUAGCUGAGAAGCUGGCUGAGAAAUUGAUCAGUGUACUGUUUGAAGUUUGGUUCCUGGCCUGCACACGCUGCUUCCCAACACCACCGUACUGGAAGACAGCCAGAGAGAUGUUAGCCAAUUGGAGACACCACCCCCCUGUGGUGGAGCAGUGGAGCAAAGUCAUCGCUGCUCUCACCUCCAGACUGCUGAGGUUCACAUAUGGACCAUCCUUCCCUCCUUUUAAAGUGCCAGAGGAGGAUGCCAAUCUCAUACCUACAGAAAUGGACAACGACUGUGUAGCACAGACUUGGUAUCGCUUUCUACACAUGCUUAGUAAUCCAGUGGAUCUCAGUAACCCUGUGAUUGUGAGCUCCACUCCCAAGUUCCAGGAGCAGCUGCUGGGUGUGAGCAGUGUGCCCCAGGAGGUGAUCCAGCACCCCUGUCUCAAACAGCUGCCUCAGAUCUUCUUUAGAGCCAUGAGGGGCAUCAGCUGCCUGGUGGAUGCUUUCCUAGGUGUGGCAGUUUUUAAGAAAGACAAGAGUCAUGAAACUCUGCCCUCUUAUGGAACAGCACUGUCUAGGAGAUAUAUUCGAGACAGACUUCCCUCUCUAGGUGUCGCUGUGUUUCGAGACAGGCUGCCAUCUUAUGGUAUAUCCAGACCCCGCUCAGACAGCGCUCCACCCACCCCUGUUAAUCGGCUAAGCAUGCCGCCACCCCCAACCACCACCAACACCACACCCCCUCACAGUCGCAGACACAGGCCAACAGCUGUCAAUAAAACCACCAGCAAAGCCUCUACGACUGGCCAGUCUAAAGUGUUGCACCAGCCGUCCUCCACCUCUCCUCUGUCCAGUCCCAAUCAGACAAGCUCUGAGCCACGACCACUGCCUGCUCCCACCAGACCAAAGGUCAACAGCGUGCUGAACCUUUUUGGCCAGUGGCUGUUCGAUGCUGCGCUCGUUCACUGCAAACUUCACUCCGGCCUCAGCAGAGAAAGCAGUGUGACUGCAACAUUUUUCCAAAUUCUUCUUUCUUAUAAAUCUUCCCUUGCUACUCAGGCUGGAGUUGAAUUGAGGAGAAAAGGUUCUCAGUUGUCCACCGACACCAUGGUGUCGAACCCUAUGUUUGAUGCCAAUGAGUUUCCAGAUAAUUAUGAGUCUGGUCGAGCGGAGGCCUGCGGAACGCUGUGCAGAAUCUUCUGCAGCAAAAAAACUGGAGAGGAAAUUCUACCUGUCUACCUGUCCAGGUUCUACAUGGUCCUCAUCCAAGGCCUUCAAAUUUCUGACUUCAUCUGCAGGCCUGUUCUGGCCAGUAUUAUCCUGAACUCCUCAGCUCUGUUCUGCUCUGAUCUGAAAGGGAUCAACGUAGUGGUUCCGUACUUUAUAUCUGCACUGGAAAUUAUUUUACCUGACCGUGAAUUGGCCAAAUUUAAAUCCUAUGUAAACCCCACUGAACUGAGAAGAGCUUCCAUUAACAUACUGCUAUCCAUGCUGCCCCUGCCUCACCAUUUUGGCAACGUUAAAUCUGAGGUUCUUUUGGAAGGGAAAUUCAGCAAUGAUGAGGGUUCGCUUCAUGACAAGCCAGUGUCCUUCCUUUCACUGAAGCUGCGAUUGGUCAAUAUCUUGAUUGGUGCCCUGCAAACAGAGACAGAUCCACUCAAUACACAGAUGAUACUAGCUGCAAUGUUGAAUAUUGUUCAAGACUCGGCACUUUUGGAGUCUAUAGGAGCCCAAACCGAAGUGGGAAGCGUGGACAGCAGUCACUCUUUGGCUAAGAGCCACAGUCGCAAUAAUAGUGGCAUCAGUAACUCUAGUGCAGGCAGCUCUGAGGCCACUACACCCGACAGCGAGAGACCUGCCCAGGCCCUUCUGCGAGACUAUGCUCUCCACACAGACACGGCAGCCGGCCUGCUGAUCCGCAGCAUCCACCUGGUCACCCAGAGACUCAACUCACAGUGGAGGCCUGACAUGAGCAUCUCACUUGCUGCCCUGGAGCUGCUUGCAGGCCUCGCCAAGGUGAAGGCAAGUGUGGAGUCUUCGGACCGGAAACGAGCUGUGAGUUCAGUGUGUAGUUACAUUGUGUACCAGUGCAGUCGACCUGCCCCACACCACUCCAGAGACCUACACUCCAUGAUCGUCGCUGCCUUCCAGUGCCUCUGUGUGUGGCUCACAGAGCAUCCUGACAUGCUCAAUGAAAAGGAUUGCUUGAUAGAAGUGUUAGAGAUUGUUGAACUGGGCAUCUCGGGUAGCAAGUCCAAGACGGGUGAACAGGAAGUGAGGUAUAAGGGCGACAAAGAGCAUAAUCCUGCCUCCAUGAGGGUCAAAGAUGCAGCCGAAGCUACGUUAUCAUGUAUAAUGCAGGUGUUGGGGGCAUUCCCAUCUCCAAGUGGUCCUGCCUCCACCUGCAGUCUGCUGAACGAGGAGACGCUGGUUAAAUACUCCAGGCUGACAUCCACGUCUCACAGUAACUUCAGAUACUUUGUUCUUGACAAUUCGGUCAUCCUGGCCAUGCUGGAGCAGUCCCUCGGCAAUGAACAGAACCCCUGUCCAUCUGUCACGAUGCUGGUUCGAGGCAUGUGUGGUCGCCAUGCCUGGACAAUGCAACUGUUCCACCAGCCUCGAGGAGCCAGGGCCAAUCAGAAGCAGGUCUUUGUUUCAGAGGGUCGGCCAACCCCCAAAAAUGACGUCGGGAUUCGGUUUAAUGUCAAACACAGGCCCUUCCCAGAAGAGGUGGAUAAGAUUCCGUUUGUCAAAGCUGACCUGAGCAUUCCAGACCUUCAUGAUAUAGUGGAUAAGGAGGAGUCCUUAAUAUCAUGUACUGCAGCCUUGAGGCACUCAGAUGCUUUUCUGGAACAGCAGCACGAUAAGCUGCGUGGUGUGAUGGUAAAGCAGAUAGAUUACGAGACCAGUCUGGAGCACUACACGGAGGAGCUGUGGAGGAAUAAACCCUUCCCUGACCCGCUUACUGACUGCAGACCUCCCCCUCCAGCGCAGGAGUUCCAAACCGCUCGCCUCUUUCUCUCACAUUUUGGAUUCCUGUCAUUAGAAGCGCUCAAGGAGCCAAGUAAUAGUCGUUUGCCUCCUCACCUCAUCGCUCUGGACUCGGCCACAUCAGGCUUCUUCGAUGACAUUGGCUAUCUGGACUUGUUGCCGUGCCGACCAUGUGACACAGUAUUCAUCUUCUACAUGAGGGCAGGCCAGAAGAGCAGCCAAGAGAUCUUGAGGAAUGUGGAAUCCUCAGCAAGCGUGCAGCCACAUUUUCUGGAGCUGCUCUUGUCUCUUGGCUGGCCAGUCGAAGUAGGGCAACACCCAGGCUGGACUGGGAGUGUGUAUACUAGCUGGAAUAUCAACACAUCCAAUGGCAUGGACACACCCGAUGAGUUUGUAGCUGUGGGAGAGACGGGAGGAGGAAUUUUUAAUGGUGAAAAGAGGGUGCUCUACUACGCUGAUGCUCUCACAGAAAUCGCUUUUGUGGUGCCCUCACUCAGUGACUCCUCAGCGGAGUCACCUGAGAACAGUUUCCCCACAGCGGACUCUGAUUCCCAGAUGGAACUGAUGCCCAGCCUACUGAAACAACCCAACCUCACACUGGAGCUCUUUCCCAACCACUCUGACAACAUGGGACCUGCACAACGGUCUCCCACAGUGAAGAGUAAGAAGCUGCCAUCAGGCAGGAAUAUACCACCUCUGGGUCCGGAGACUAAAGUACUGGUGGUCUGGGUGGAGCGCUAUGAUGACAUUGAAAACUUUCCUGUGUCUGAGUUGCUGGCCGAGACCAGCACAGGAGUGGAAAGUGCAGUCAACAGCAGUGCUUCCAGGCCCAGCUCAUCAGAGAAAGAUGUGCCAGUCAUAUUCAUCCACCCACUUAAAACUGGCCUCUUCCGCAUCAAGCUGCAUGGAGCCAUGGGAAAGUUCAGCAUGGUCAUCCCCCUCGUGGACAACAUGGUGGUCAGCAGGAGAUCACUGGGUUUCCUAGUGAGACAGACUGUAAUAAACGCAUGUCGGAGGAAGAGACUGGACAGCGACUCAUACAGCCCUCCACAUGUACGGCGAAAACAGAAAAUUGCUGAAAUCGUUAACCGUUACCGGAACAAACAGCUGGAGCCUGAGUUCUACACGUCUCUGUUUCAGGAGGUUGGAGAGACAAGCCUAAACCCCUAAACACACACACAUACAACACGAGGCUCUUUUUUUCCAUGGUGGAGAGUUGCUGUUUUUUUAAUUGCCUAAUGGCCAUAAUCUUUCAGCUGUCAAAAGCUAUGUUCAUUGCCCAUGUGACAGCUUGCGAGCUGGUCCAAACGCUGACGCUGGAAAGGAUGCUCUUCUGUUUUCUCAUUACUGUAUUUCACAUGUUUUUAUUUUUACAUCAUGUGAGACCGGAAAAGAAGACGCAUAGAUGCAAAACAUUUACUCCAAUAUAUUAUUCAUAAUAAACACUAAUGUGAGUGACAGCAGUGGAGUAUGAAGGGUGACCCUGGCUUUUCAUCUCCAAACACAUUCACACAUAUACACUAGUGCCAGUCUGUGUUGAUGCAUAACACUUUUCUUUUCUUUUCAAACUCAGGUGGUUUUACCAUUUUUCAUAUGCAUUGACAUGGUCAUGGUCAUGCACUCCAACAAGCUGACCUCAGCUUCAUUCAUAUUCUCUCUCUCUCUCUCUCCCUCCCUCCCUCCCUCCCUCCCUCUCCCUCCUUAUCCAUUGACUUUGACUUCACAGAAGUCCUUAUGCUGAUACUCCGUUCAAAGAAUGUUUGGCUCUUUCUAUUUUAUGUAUUUAUAUAACAGUUAGGAAAAUGACUUUAAAAGUCCCUGCGAUUAUUUAAAGUCAACAACAAACUACUGAACUCUCCAGUACAACAUCCCAACAUUUGAUGCUUACUACCAUCCUACAUAAUCCUGUGAUACACUUUGUGAGACUUUUUUUUUUUGGUUAAUUUCACUCUUUUUUUUUUUUUUCCCUCCAGCCUAAUCCAGACAUAUUUUCAAUUGAAAGUCACAAGGGCUAUAUUUUGGUUUCAUUUUAAGUUAUCUGGUAAAUGUAGGUGCCAUUUUUUUUUUUCUUUUUUCAAUUUCUGCUGGAUGUCAGAAACACUGGUCUUUUUAGACGUUAUUUACAUUUUUUUCAUUCCUUAUUUUUAGAUUAAAAAGAUUAUUUGAUCCAAUCAUGUUUCAUCUCUUAUUCACUGAGAGAUGCAUGUAGUGUCAUCUUGCCUUCCUUGGUGUGUUUUGACAUGUAGCUUUUAAAACACACAUCACUACAGAGAACUUGACUGAAAGGAAUGACUGUUAAAACGUUACUGUACUGGUCCAUGAUGCUCAUUCAGGUUAACUUGCUUCUUUUCAUGUUUUAUUUCCCUCCAUUUAAGAAGAGAAAAACAUCUUUAAUUAAUAAAGGACAAGUCUUGUGGUAUAAAAGCGUAAAAUCCCAUUCUUUAAAAUUAAAACAUUUGACACUGAAAACACAACAAAUAAUGUACACACAAAAAUGAUACACCAUAUCAGUUUUUAUAUCAAUAGAAAAACUCAAAAUUUCAGCUGAUGAAAUGAUGAAUUGUCCCAUUUUACUAUAGACGACACCAACUUCACUGAGCUAUGUUUCCCAACACACAGGACUUGGACCUUUAUUUGGUUGGUUAGAGACGUCCUUCUUCUCAUUUCUGUAAAUAAUGAAGGCAUCGACUUUGUAUAAAGUUGGACUUUAAAUGUAAAUAUAAGGGUGUGAAGUUUUGCUCACUCAUCUUAUUCUAUUAGGAAAGGCACAAAAAAAGAACGCUUGUUUGUAUUUAUGCCUAUCAUAUAUGUGUCCUAAAGAAACACAUUGGGUAUUGAAUGUAACACAUAUAAUGAAAUAAAGAUUUUAAUUAACUUCUUAUCAUAA